AUGGAUUGCAUUGACGAUACUGUAAAUGGCACGGAAAACAAUCGACUGGGCGUUAUCAGUAAGUGUAUUAUGUUAUGUUCAUACUUUAACUGUAACAUUUAUUUAAUUUUAACCUAUUAAUUUAGCCUUGGCGGCGCACCAAUGGCUAGGAUUUGUUGUAAACCUUUCUGCCUACCUACUAAAUAUUUGUUUGCUGUACUUAGUCAUCACAAAAUCAAAGAAAAUGAAGAAUAUGAGACCAUUGCUGCUUAUAGGAGUCUUUGUGGAUUCUACUUAUGCAUUCUUGUGUCUUAUAGUUAAUCCGGUAAGUUCUCAUUAUCUAAGGGACUUUAUCCUUUCCUUUGUUUUGUAAGAGUGUAAAUGGAAAGUUUCAGCUCUUCGUGUUAACCAAGGAUAACCUUGUUUUGGUCUGGAACAGCGUGUUCCGCCCAAACGGAGAUAUUAUGAUAUACAUAAUAGCUAUCACUGGCAUCUUUGUGGCCGCCAGCUGGCUAUGCGUUCCGUUUCAAUAUAACUACAGAUACUACUUGAUUAGAUAGUAAGUCGCUAACCUUUCUGCUCACAAAAUUUAAUUUUUUUAGCGGGACAACGCCAUCAACAAAGUUCUUCCUUAUCCAUGGUUCAAUUAUGACAUCUCUCAGCUUCUAUGCCUGCAGCGUUGUCUACGGGACCUAUUAUCAAGACAAUUUCAGUAGUCUAUGUGAAGUUGAAUCUUUUGCCAUUUCUGUGGGAUUACAUUCAAAUGAUAGUCGAUUGUUCGGAGGGAAAAUUGCAAGUUUUAUAAUUUAAAAAUUUGAGGCGCAUGUGUAAUUGAAGUAGCGAAUUAUCAAAUUUAAAAGAAUUUAUAUUCCUAAAAAUGUAAAUAAAUUAGUAAAUUUGCAUACAUAAAAUUCAAAUCUGCAUAUUAAAUUUAAAGAUUUGAAUAUAAUAUUUACAGGAGAGCGCCGCAGUCCGUCACUACGUCAACUUCUUUACCCUCAUUUCCGUAUUCAGCAUCAUCGUUGUGUUGAUUGCCGAGAUGAGAGUUCGUUUCUAUUUGAAACAAAGGGCAGAGGUUAUGAGUAAGAGGACCAGACGAAUGCACAAUGAACUUACUCGGGCCUUAAUUGCAAUGGUAAGUGACAAACAAAUGUAGAGGGAGAUUUGAGGAAUUUACUGUAGGGAGAAGUCAAAAAAUAUAAAAGAAACAAUAUUUGAAUACGGUAGGAAAGAAAUAUAACACAAUAUUCACAAAAAAUACGCAAGGUGAGAAGGUCGAGGUUUUUGAAACUGUGCAAAUAUUAUGUAUUUUGACUGCUUCCCGGAAAAAAUAGCUGGUCUUUUGACACCCUCCGAGCAAAAAACCUCUGCCGUUUUUGUGGGAGCAAAAAAACCUCGCAUGUUUUGGAUAAACGCGAUUUUUUAGGCGUCAUAUUUUACACUAAACCCGGUAAUACAUUACGGUACUUUGAAUAUUUUUAAUUCACGACCUAAUCAAAGUGCUGGCCGAACAGAUUUAGCCUCAACCCGACAAAAAAUCAACUAAAAAUAAAAACUUAUCACGGCAGAUGCAUUGUAAAAAAGUGUCGAAAAGACAAUUCCCUUGUGACGUAGCUCCCACCGUGUUUAUGAGGCCAUAUUAUACAUGGCUGGAGAUAGAGUCAGACCUAAUCUUAAAGGCGGAGAAAACAAGUGGGAAGGAGGGGAGGAGGUCAGGGCUCUUUUAUGAACAACAUUACUUUACACAUCCGCAUUCUUAAAUCUAUUGGUUUCAGGCGCUUUCCCCGAUCUUCUCCAACGUUUCCCAGAUGACUUAUGUCUCCUUAAACCUGUACUUUGAUAAUCGUUUCAUUGUAACCGAUGCCAUUUCGUCCCUCUGUUCGAUCACUGGCCCCUUGAUUAAUAGUAUUACGACGAUUUAUUUUGUACAUCCAUAUCGUCGACAUUUCAAGGAGAUCUUGUUCGUAACGACGGGGGAUCGGACUUUGAUUUCUUCGGAUGAUUCCACGCCAUGUGUUACUCCGAGGCCGUCCCAUAAUAGGCCCGAACAGUUUGUUUUGUAA